AUGUCACUAAAACCCAUCCCCGGCGAAGAAGAUUGCACUGGCGGCGACGAUGAACCGAAAAUUGAAGAACCGGACCUAGCACCGGACGACCCGAUGCGCGCUUUUCUGCCAAAGUCCUUCGGAAAGCAGACGAUAGAACGGGACGUGAAAGUGCGUGUCGAGCAGACCCGUCGAGCUGCCCCUCCGCCUCCGCCCUGCAGAGCUAGACCACCACAAGACUCAGACUCCGACGAUGGCGACAGCUCAGAAGAGGAAGAAGAAUACCCCCUCUCCCAUGAACUCACAAUCCCAGCACACACUAAGCCCAUCUCAAGCAUAACCCUCGAUCCGCCCGGUACGCGCUUCGUGACAAGUAGCCACGACACGACAAUCAAGUUCUUUGACUUCCACGCCAUGUCGACUACGCAUCUUCACCCUUUCAAGACACUGGAACCGAGCGAAGCGCAUCACAUCCACUCCGUAGCCUUCUCCCCGCUAGACAACGGCCAGCACCUACUCGUUGUGCCGGCAGCACCGCAGGCAAAGAUAUUGACGCGGGACGGGGAUACAGUGCUGGAGUUCGUCAAGGGCGAUCCGUACCUGCGCGACAUGCACAAUACGAAGGGACACGUCAGCGAGUUGAGCGGGGGGUGUUGGAGUCCUAUACAGAGGGGCGUGGUCGUGACGGCGGGGACGGACUCGACGGUUAGGAUCUGGGAUGUGCAGAGUCGCAGGGGGCAUAGGGAUAUUAUGGUUCAUAAAAGCAGGGGGAAGGGUGGGAGGAGUAGGAUUUGUGCAGUGGCGUGGUGUGGCGGGGUUACCGGCGGCAGUGGGAGUGGGAGCGCGGGGAGCGCAGGCGGGGGGGUGAUUGGAGCCAUGGCACUGGAUGGGGCGCUGAGUAUCUGGAGCGCCGGAGGUCCGUAUUCAAGACCAGUAAUGGAAGUGCGGGAUGCGCAUACUAAGGAGACAUGGACCAGGGGUCUAACGUUCUCCAGCGAUGGAAGACUGAUCGCCACGAUGGGCGAGGACCAAUGCAUAAAACGUGAGUCCCCCUACCUAUAACUAUCAAAGCUGACAUCUAAUGGCCUAGUCUGGGACACCCGCAAACUCAAAACGCCCAUAACCACGCGUGCAAGUUUCCCGACCCCAACCCCAACCCCCAUAAUCUUCUCCCCAACCAACAACACCACCCUCCUAACCGGCGACACUAGCAACACCCUCCACAUACUCUCCUCGGCAACCCUAAUCUCGGAGCAAACCCACUCCCUAUCCCCCCCAACCUCCCCCGAGAAAACCCAUCCCCCCUCUACCGCCAGCGCCGCCGCCACCACCCCAUCCCCAUUGACCAGCAUAACCUGGCAUGCCAAUAUAAAUCAAAUCCUGACGGGCUCCGGUCACGGGUGCCUACACAUCCUGUACUCCCCAACCAUCUCGCGCAAGGGCGCAACAACCCUCCUCUCGCGCGCCCCACGGAAGCGCCACAUCGACGACCACAACUCCGACAUCACAACAACAGAUCUAACAACCAUCUCCGGUGACGCGGUAAUCCUUCCCAAUGCUCUGCUCGCCAAGAAAAGCGUCGUGGCGGAUAAGCGUAGACCAACAAUGCCAGCGCAGACACCGUGGGGGAAGAGUCAGCCAGAUCAGGCACAUAUUGAGAGAAGCAUUGGCUUGAGCAGUAUGCGCGAUGAGGAUCCCAGAGAGGCAUUGCUAAAGUAUGCGGAUGUGGCGGAGAGGGAGCCCGUGUUCACGGCUGCAUGGAAGGAGACACAGCCGAAGACUAUUUAUGCGGAGGUCGAGGAUGAGGAUGAGGAUGAGGAUGGGGGGAAGGGAAAGAUGAGGGCGGGGACGAAUAAACGGGUGAAGCGGUAG